UCGUGGAGAAAAACUUACAGUUUUUCAAUAUACUUAUUCAUCUCUGAAAUAUGUAUUUAAAUUUAGUAAUUCAAACAGUUAAAUUUUCAUUUCUUUGAAAUAUAUUUUAUGAUAAAUUUAACUAUUACAGAAUUUAAUGAUUUUGGUGCUUUAAGAAAAAAACGUUCAGAAAUUUUUAUGUAUUUUAUUUUAGCUUUUGUCUGGUUACUCUGAGGUGUCAUUUUAUUUAUUGCACAUGUCAACUUUAUUUUAUCGGGUAUGCCAAACUUAAGGUUUCUUUGUUCUCCUGAUAAAUGUUUUUCGAACGUGGGCUUCACAAGAUUUUUGAGGUAAUUUUGUUGUAAAUGUUUUUAUAGCAUCCAUUUGAUUUAGUCCAUGAGUGAUAAGUUCUUUGUUACGGGAUUAACGAUGCCCCUAGAAUUAUUUACCUGGCCAAGUGUUGUUUAAUUAGUUGCGUCACAAAGACUUAUAGAUUAAGUGGACACGCAUUGACCAAAUGUUCUUUUGUAAUCUAAUUCUUUUUUUUUUGGACAACCAAUAUCUCCAGAAUCAUUUUGAUUGGUUAAAAAGGACAUCUUAGAAAUUUGAUUCAAACAGGUUGCGCGUCCCGGCUGGUCACUUUUCAUCAUUGAAUAAAACCAGCCGGACGUUUGCUUUAUUCCUGCCUUCUUUUAAUCUAUCUAGGUAACUUUAGUUCUAUUUUUCUUAGGUAAUUAAUUAUUGUGGUUAAACUUUAAAAUCAUUCGAAUUAAGAAAUUUUAGAGCUUGAAAUUAAUUUAGUAAAGGAUUUAAUUAAAAGUUUUAUUUUUUUUUAAUUUUGGUCAUUGCUCACUUUGGUCUUUGUCUAAGUUAGAAAUAAUUAUAGUGUAGUUAGUUACCUUUGUAUACAUCACUAAUGCAAACCUGUUUACAGAGUGAAGGUAUGUAGUGAAAUAGUUUUUAUGUUGCACAGUAAAAUUUGUAAAUUUUUAUGUUCAAUGGGAUCGGGAUCGAGGUGCAAAUUAUUGCCAAAAAUGGACAGACUUACUUUCAUUAUUGUUAGAAAAUAUUAGUGAGAUGAUCGCCGAUGUGUUAUUAAUGAUCUAUUACAUAAUAAUGGCAUUUAUAUUCUCAAAAGCAUUUAAGCAUUAUGCAUGUUUUCGCAUUUUUGAAGCAAUGUCAGCCUCAACAAACGGAUACAUCCAUUGGGUUGAGAAGCUGCCCAAGUCUUUGAUUAUAACCAAAAUAACAAGACGAAUAACAAAAGGGUGUGACUGGUGGAGUAGUGGAACGAUCCGAGCUUUUUCCCCAGAUUCCAGAUUCAUCAUAAUAUUAUAUCAUCACUGUUACCAUGCCAGGCCCAUCAAACAUGGAAUUGAGAAGUUCCUCUCAGCAAGGCAGAAUACAGGAGGAACAAUCAGAACAAGGGAUCACUGAAGCCACAGCUUCAGUCAAUGAAGUAGAGGCCCUGCGGAGACAGCUGGAGACCUUAAAAGCAUCCAGAGAUGCAGAGUAUCGCCGGAGAAGAGAAUUAGAGGAGCAAAUUGACAGACAACCUCAACCGGUAGCUACACCAAGGCAGGUUUGGGAGCCAGCACCCAGAAUCCCAGUGCCACAAAUGGACAAAUUUGAUGGCAAUACCCCUGUGUCAGAAUGGUGGACCACAUUUAUGGCCUACAUCGCCCUACAUUCAAUCACCGAGGCCAAAGCCAUAAAACUAUUGCCAUUCUAUUUGAUGGGAAUAGCCCUUCAAUUCUUCACACACUUGGACAGCUUGUCAAAAACCUCACUAACCAGCAUCAGGGAUGCUUUCUUUUCUAGAUUCCGACCGACAGUCCCCAUAAGUCAAGCUUUGAUGCGGGUGAAGCAGGGAGCCGACGAAUCUGUGGAUAAAUACCUAUACCGAGUGAGGAAACUGGCUGCUGACUGCUCAAUGGAAGAGGACAGCAUCACAUACUUCGCUCGAGAGGGUCUUCUUCAGAAGCUGAGGGUAAUAGUGGUCCCACAGAACCCAAAGUCCCUGGAAGACCUCCGAAAAAUGGCAGCCCUUGCAGAGGAAGCUACUGGUAAGGAUACCGACACCCCGCCUACUUACCUAAAGACGGCCCUUGCGGAGGGAAUCAAAACGCCCUUGCCAGUGUGGAUGCUGCAGUGGAGACCAAGGUCCGAAACCACUUAG